CAUCAUCGGGUUCAGUCUGCAUUCCGUCUUCAACUACCGAACAUCAUUUCUUGUACGAUGAAUCGCCAAACCCCCUGCAACCGCUCAGUAAGACUUAUCAAUUACGAGAACGAAACUGCUGAGCCAAUAUCAAUUCGAAACAAAGUUGAUCAAAAGUCUUCAACGAGUGCUAAACCAUCACUAGACGCUGUUCGUGCCUUAGAAAGUUUGGUGAUCUGCCCAAUUUGCGAAAAGCGCCUCAAGGCACCGAAAAUGCUUCAAUGUCAACACACAUUUUGCCUUGCGUGCCUGGAAAUAGCAUAUUGGCAACAGAAGCAGCAAGAUUACAUUGCUUGUUCUACAUGCGAAUCAAGGCACGCACUCACUUCCGCUGUGCUAUCGGACCUUCCGUCCAACCUGUACAUUGAUUCAGUGCUGCAGGUCUUGAGCCAACCAACUACUGGAACCAAUGGCGAUUCGAAGCAAACCUUAUCUGCUUCGCAUGCUACUUCCAGUGAUGCACCCAACGAGGAAGCUUCAACCUGCCGGAAGUGUGAUACAAUCAGCAGUGUUAUGAUGCAAAAAUGCAACCACUGCGAUCAGGUUUUAUGUGCCAUCUGCUGGCAGUCGCAUAUGGAUCAGCUCAUCAAACAAGUUCAGCAGCUCGAUGUUCAACUAAACUCAGCGAUCAAGAAAAUGGAGCACAAAAUGAGCAACUAUAAGAUACGUUUUACAAACCUUAAUUUGCAAAUCAAGGCACAUUUUGAAGAAAAAGUACAGGCGCUUAAGAGGCAAGAGUGUUCAAUUCAAGACGAAUCACAGAGAAUACUAAACGAUGGACUAUGCGCGCACGAAUUGGUGAUGGAGAAGAUACGCCGACUCAGGACAGCAAUCGGAGACAAUGCGAUUGGCACACAAGGCAAUUUUGUUCAUGUGUAUCUGAAUUUGCAUAAAGAAAUUUCGAUCGUCUUUGAGGAGAUUGCACACUGGGGCGAGAAAAUUAUUGUAUUUGACCAGAAAAAAAGCAAAAUAGAAGUAAUUGGCUCCAACGAAGAUGUGGGAUAUUCUGCAGAUUGUAUAGACAACGACAAACAGCACACAAAAUGUGAUACGAUACGCCCAGGAAAACUAGGCACCGAAGAAGCGGUUUUCAAUUUCUACAAGAAUCAUGCCUUUAAACCGAAACUUUUUUGGAACAAAUGCCAUCGUCCAGCAGGAGUGGGUGUUGCUCCAUGGAAGCAUGAAACAAUAGAGCAAACAUUACUCUAUAUCGCGGGAGCUGAAAGCAGGCUAAUAUACGUUGUUAAUAGGGCCUCCGGAGAUAUCCUGCAACGGAUUGUUCAUGAUGAUAUGGCAUACCCAAACGGAAUCACUUUUGACGAGAGCAAACAAGAAAUUUUUGUUUCCGACAAAUGGAAGCAUUGUAUUUUUGUAUUUUCGUCAGAUGGAACCUUUUUGCGUCAACUCUGUGACAAAGGAGAUCAAGAAGGUUUACUAAGAGCUCCUGAGGGAAUUGCCAUAGGACCGAGUGGAGUUCUUUUCAUUUGUGAUACAGGAAACGAUAGAAUCCAGUGUGUUAGUCCAACGAACGGCCGAAUGCUGUCACAAUUCGGACGAAUUCCAAAAGACCAACUGUUGAAAGCAUCGCAAACUAAAACGCCAACGCGAUAUGUAGAUCUCAAAUGUCCUAUGGGAGUGGCCGUUCACGACGACAAAGUUUUCGUGCUGGACAGUGGCAACCGAAGAGUCAAAAUUUUCAACAAACAAGGCGAGAAAAUACUGGAAUUCGGGCAAGUAGGAUCUGUGAUUGGACAGUUCCAGUAUCCAGAAGUGAUUGCUGUCGACCCGAGUGGAUUCAUUCUAGUUGGUGAUGGCGGGAACGCUAAGGUUCUGAUAUAUAACCCGAAUGGAAGCUUCGUUACGGCGCUUGGCUGUCGAGGUGAUAAAGCUGGGCGAUUCAAUUGGGUAUCGGGUCUGUUCGUGACCAAGGAUCGUGAGAUUAUCAUCAGCGAUUAUAAAAAUCACACCGUGCAAGUUAUAGCAUAGCGGAGACCAAAAUCGAUGGAAAAAAAAACUGAGAUGUUUAUUUUAAUUGGUUUUAUUUACAUUUGAAGCAAAAUAAAUUAGAAAAUGAUUGCGUCCAAUUCAAUAAAAAUAAUAUCAAUAUAAUCACUGUCUCUCGUUAAAAAUAAUCGAUAUACAUAAUCACUGUCAUUCAACAAGGAUGGUUUCUGUUUCUAAAUUUAUUAUUUUAAUUUUGAUGUUUACCCUCAUUGGCUGUGAGUACAUGAAAAUUACAAAUAUUUCUGAGAAACUUAUUUCAGUCAUCAAUUUCAAAUGGUUCGCAGCUGUUCCAGAGAAUAUAUUCAGCACUUUUCAAAUUUUCCAAGCUUUAGUAAUAUGGCAUAAAAUA